UCCUGUCGCCUGUUGAAUAUGUUUAGUGUUUAGUGUUUUUAUACACUUUAUAGAUCCGGUUGUGGUAUUUAGUUGAACGGUGGUGGUGGUAGUGGCAUAUGACGUUGUAUUUUUUUUGACGGUGGUACGCUCUAUUCAUUUCUGCCAGUGACAUCAGCUCAGCUCUGGCUUACAGUCUUUCUCUUGGCGUAUCAUCAAAAACUUUCUUGUCGUCUACCUCUAUAUUCUACCUUAAAUUUUUCUACUUUUAAUAACACCAAAUCUACUUUGACAUCUACUCUUUCUAGCAACUACCAAUACUAUUAGUAUAUUGUGUAUACAUCAUCAAGUAAUUAUAUAAAAUAUAUAUUCAGUAUUAUACCUUCUGUUCGAUCCAAUGUUCGGUGUUGAUAUCAACAACCAAUUUGAUAUUUAGGAGACCGAUAAUAUAGCAGAAAAGACAAGGCGAGAUUUAACCGAUUUUCCUGACGUGCUCACGGAGUACCACACUAGAAAUGCCAUGGGCAACUUACGUGUCACAGCGACAGAUUCGCUGCUCUCAAGCUUCAUUGACUUCAGCAUUGAUAAUUCAUAUAUUUCGCCGCCAACCUGGACACUAGAAGACACCAACCACACCAACCAGACUAACACCGCCAACACUGCCAGUGCCGUGGAGUUGUUGGACUUUGGGUCCUGCUUUUACAACGCUGAAGACAUGGAUUCUUCGCCAUUCUCAUUUCCACAGCAGGAAAAAUAUUCAGAGGACCCGACAUCUGUAACAAAUGAAAUCUACCAAUUUUUACACAACAACGCCACCAUCGCUGAAUAUGAAGCUGAAUAUAAUGCAAUGCCCACCACCAACAACAGCUAUGAAAGUAACAGCAAUGAAAGUAACAACAUCGAGUACCACACAAACACGGUAAACUAUUUAACUGCAGUGCACCAGCAGCCAUGUGAAUUUUAUGGACCUUUUGUGGGCAGCAACGUUAAAGAAUUUAUGUCAAAGGCUUCAUUGGAGAUGAAAAUUUUGCAGGAAAUUGUACGCAUUUAUUCCGAGACUCAUCUCAGCCAACUCGGCGACUACGACGACGCCGCGCGCCGUUUUCUACAGAAUGGUUUUCCGAGAAAAAAGUCUCUUCACAUGUACAGGGUGGGUCAAAUUCGACGCUUUUAAAUGGAAGCAGCCUU